GAUUUGAUUUUUCCGAAUCCGCAGUGGAUUGCUUUGAACGAGGAAUGCAUAAAUAGAUGGAGAUGAAACGAGUUAAGCGUGAUACGGAAUUUGUUUGGGAAGAAGAAGGGAGAUAAUCCUGUGGAGACUAUGGACCUGAAAUUUGAAAUGGGAAAGCUGAAGUAUCCACUUCAUUCAACAAAAUCACACAAUCUAUUUCAGAUAGAAUUCCAGAUAGAAUUGAAGGAUGUAAUUUACCCAUCUUAUAUCAUUUUCCCCGUUUAUGCAGAUAAGGCAUAAUGUAUAGACAAAAUAGAAUUUGGAUGUAUGACAAACAUGCGGUAUUGUGCGGAAUGCAAUCAAAUUUUCUUGAAGGAGUUGAGGAGUUUAUUAAAUUCGCACUUGAACACCCGACUUAUAUGAGUGGUGAUAAAAUCAGAUGUCCAUGUUCAAAGUGUAAAAAUCUCAAAUUUAAACACCCAGACGAAGUUGGGUGGGAUUUGUACGCGGACGGUUUCGUUCCCAAUUAUUAUAAUUGGACUUCUCAUGGCGAACCUUUGGAUCCAUCUGUUUUACCGCAAACGGUAGGUUCGUCUCGUAACGUCCCUGCAGAGAUGAGUGUGUGGGGAGACCCUGCUGAAAUGAGAUAGGAGCAACGUAUGGUAUAUGACGCAUACAGUGCAUCGAUGUCUCAGUUCAACCCCCCACAAUCAUCUAACGAUCCUCCUGAAGCCCCGACCUCGUAUCAACCACAUGAGGAUGAAAAUCCGAUAUUUUAUGAACCUUUUGUGGAUGAAGGUUUAGCUGAAAGAUUUCAAGAUGUUUUAAAAGCAGCUGAUCAACCCUUGUAUGCUGAUUGUGAGGGAUACUCUCAGCUAUCUGCCGUUACAAAGUUUAUGAACAUAAAAGUUGAAUACAGUCUCCCUGAAACUUGCAUGACUAGAGUCUUGCAGUUAGUAGGCGGGAUGCUACCACGUGAUCAUAACCUCCCGAUUCAUAUUACCACAUGAAACAAUUAAUGUCUAAGUUGGGGCUACCUUAUAUAGAAAUUGAUGCGUGCCCGGAAGGAUGUAUGUUGUUCUGGAAGGAUGAUGAGGCACUUGAAUUCUGCAAGUUCUGUGGUGGAAACAGAUACAAACCUGUUCCUCAAAGUAAAAAGAAACCACGAAAUAGGUCGGCAUUAUCUAAACUGUAUUACCUCCUAAUAGCUCCACGACUUCAGAGGAUGUACGCUUCGACUGCUACUGCGAAACACAUGACAUGGCAUGUUGAGCACGAAACAAAAGAGGGUAUGAUGUCUCACCCUUCGGACUGUGAAGCUUGGAGACACUUUGACCGUUGUCAUCCUCAGUUUGCAAUGGAGCCACGAAAUGUGCGACUGGGAUUGUGUUCAGACGGAUUUGCUUCGUUUGGAAGGUUUGGGAAGAACUAUUCAUGUUGGCCGGUCAUGUUAACUCCUUACAAUCUCCCUCCCGACAUGUGCAUGAAAAGUCACUUUAUCUUUUUGACUUUAAUCUGUCUGGGUCCCAAUGAUCCAGGAAAAAAGAUAGACAUUUAAUUUAUCUCCAACCCCUUAUCGUGGAGAUGAAAGAACUUUGGGCCAUUGGGACACCAACAUAUGAUGUUUCAAGGGAUCAAAAUUUUAUAAUGAAAGCUGCCAUCAUUUGGACCAUUAGCGACUUCCCUGCCUAUGCCAUGCUUUCGGGGUGGAGCACACACGAUCUUAUGGGAUGUCCGAUAUGCAUGGAGAAAUUAGGUGCCAAUUGGCUAACUUUCAGUAAAAAACCAAGCUACUUUCAUUGUCACCUCAAGUUUCUCCUGGAAAACCACUGAUAUCGAAAGGACAAAAAGUCUUUCAUUAGAAGUAGAGUGGUACGAGACACCCCACCCCCGAGAUUGACCGGGGAAGCAAUUUUUAACCGGGUUCGACGUAUUCCUAUGGUUAUUCAAGAAUCAAAUAAGAAGCCAUAUGGGUUUUGUGAUACCCAUAAGUGGACAAAGAGAAGUAUAUUUUGGGAGUUACCAUAUUGGAAAGACCUUCUCAUUCGUCACAAUAUAGAUGUCAUGCACACUGAGAAGAACGUGUUUGACAAUAUAUGUAACACAGUGAUGGAUUUCAAAGGCAAAACUAAAGACAGUCUUGCAUCUCGAAAAGAUAUGACUAUUUGGUGUGACAGACUCGAACUUUCUGUUGAUCUAGAAUAUCAGGGUAACAAUAUUCCAAAAGCAGUCUACCAAGUCACACAAGCACAAAGGGAAUCAAUAUUACAAUGGCUUGUGUCUUUGAAGUUUCCAGAUGGCUACUGCUCCAACUUGUCCAGAUGCGUGGACAUGGACAAACUUGCAACGACGUCGAGCAUGAAAACUCACGAUGCUCAUGUAAUCAUGCAAAGACUUCUCCCAAUUACACUGAAAGAGAUGCUUCCUGAACACGUAUGGUCCUACAUUACUGAGAACGGUUUGUUGUUUCAGUCGAUAUGCUCAAGCGUUUUGGAUGCAGCAUCCCUCCGGAGACUAGAAGAGUCUGUUCCCAUGCUGAUGUGUAAUUUUGAAAAGAUAAUGCCUCCAUCACUUUUCGAUGGAAUGGAACAUCUUGUAAUACAUCUUCCGUAUGAGGCUUUGAAUGGUGGACUCGUCUUCUAUCGCUGGAUGUACAGAUUUGAAAGAUUUCUUGGAGAGUUGAAAAAGAAAGUGACCAACAAGGCACACGUUGAGGCUUCAAUUUGUCAAGCGUAUCUUCAACAAGAAAUCUCAACGUUCUCAUCUUUUUAUUUUGAGCGUGAAGUCAUCACUAGAAGAAAGAGACCUCCCCGGAACGAUAAUAUUGGCGAGGAUUUAUACGAAAAUGUAGUUUUCAUUUUCAAUUACCCAGGUAGAGGUAAAAGAGCUGGGACGAACCGAUACAUCGUGGGAAAAGAAUUACAAAUUGCGCAUACUUAUAUGCUCAUUAAUUGUCCAGAAAUCUUACCGUUUUAUCAUGAAUUUAGAGCGGAGUACUCAACAUUCCCUGACAAUGAAAUUGAUGCAAUGGUGGAAUCUCAUUUUAUAUUGUGGUACAAGUAUCAGAUCAAUAAUCGUGGGAUUGUGGACCCUUUGUUAGAAUCAUUAUCGUGGGGCCCUGGUGCCUACGCCAAAGUUUGGCGGUCAUAUGUGAUAAACGGUUACACCUAUCACACAGUCGAUUACGGACAGGGCCGACCAACAGUGAACAACGGGUUAUGUGUCCCAACCAUCGGUUAUGAUAACUCGGAAACCAAUUUUUUUGGUGUUUUGCAUGAGAUUCUUGAAUUCGAAAUGUAUUCUGCUGGGAAAAAGUUGACAUGCGUUUUGUUCCGCUGCAAAUGGGUCGAUUCAACAUGUGGUGUGAGAAAAAAUUCAAAAUAUAAUAUGAUUGACGUCAACCACUCUCGCGUGUAUAGGAAAAAUGAGCCUUUUAUACUCGCUCAACAAACAGUCCAGAUUUAUUAUGCAGAAUACCCUUCAACCAGGCGGACACAUAAUCCUUGGGUGUGUGCAUGUACUGUUCGUCCGAGCUAAAUUGUAUCACAAACUCAACACAAGGACGUUGAUUUAGAUGCUUUUCAGCAACAUUUUUUCCAACCUCCGCCGAUUGUUAAGACGGUUAACCAUCACAUUCAGCUAAGUGAUCCAAAUGGGGGAAGUGUUGAAGUCAUGUCAGAAACGCACCUUCCGAACCUAACAACUUCAUCUGAGCGCGAAAGUGUUGAAAUGCAUGAAGAACAACAAAAUUCUCAAUAUCAUGAAGAAGGAGACUGGAUAGACGGUUCUGAUAUAGAAGAAGAUGUUGUAUAUGUAGAAAAUAAUGAUUCUGAUAGUGACUAAUUGUAUUGUUGUAUUACAAUUUUUUGAGUUCGAAUAUUUGUGCUCUUUUCUUCAUUAUUAUUGUAGCCCAAUAAUAUUUGAUUU